GUCAUCCCGGCCCUGCUGUUGCUCUUCUCAUCGGUUAAUGUCGGAGCGUAUUAUUCGUCAUGUGACAAAAGUUCAUGUUACCCGGCUACUGGAAAUUUAUUGAUUGGUCGGGAAAACCACCUUGUAGCGUCUUCGACUUGUGGUUUGAAGCAAAGGGAAAGAUAUUGUAUUGUAAACAAUCUUGAGGAUCGCAAAAAAUGUUUUUGGUGCGAUUCAAGACAACCGUCUCAGCCAAAUGCAAAGUAUUCGCUAAGUCACAGGAUCGAUAACAUUGUCCAUGCAUCCGGUGGUGUAACUUCUCAAUGGUGGCAAUCGGAAAACGGAGUAGAAAAUGUCACUAUUCAAUUAGACCUCGAGGCUGAAUUUCAUUUCACUCAUUUAAUCAUUACGUUUAAAACGUUUCGGCCGGCAGUGAUGUUGGUUGAGAGAUCUUACGAUUUUGGAAAUACUUGGCAGGUGUAUAGAUACUUUGCGUACGAUUGCGAUUCCGUGUUUCCGAAUAUACCAAAAGAACCACCGCGCAAUUUGACCGAAGUCGUAUGCGAUCAGAGAUAUUCUUCUGUACCUCCUUCUGCGAGUGGUGAAGUGAUUUUGAGAGUGCUGCCUCCCAAUCUACACCACAUGUAUGACGAUCCGUAUUCGCCAGAGGUACAAAACCUGUUGAAAAUGACCAAYUUGAGGAUUAAUUUCACGAAACUUCACACGCUUGGGGACGAUUUAUUGGACAACCGAGAUGAGAUUUUGGAAAAAUACUACUACGCAAUCACAGAGAUGGUAGUGCGAGGUAGUUGUUCGUGUUACGGUCACGCAUCCAGGUGCUUGCCACAAGACGGCACGACCAGCAAACCGGACAUGGUUUACGGCCAGUGCGAGUGCACCCACAACACCAAGGGCCUCAACUGCGAAUCGUGUGAGGACUUUUUCAACGACUUCCCGUGGAAACCUGCAAUCGGCCGACAAACGAACGCRUGCAGGCGUUGUAACUGUAACAAUCACGCGACCAGCUGUCACCACGAUGCUGCUGUGUUUGAGUUGACUGGACGGACAAGUGGUGGAGUGUGCGAUGGGUGCGCGGACAACACCAUGGGCCGGAACUGCGAACAGUGCAAGCAAUACUUCUACCAAGACCCCACAAAACCGUUUACCGACCACGAUGUCUGCUUGCCGUGCGAUUGUGAUCCUGGUGGUUCUUUGGACGACGGAAUAUGUGAUUCCAAGACUGAUCUGAUUAACGGAUUGGAGUCUGGCCGAUGCCACUGCAAACCCAAUGUCGAAGGUAGACGGUGUGACAUGUGCAAAAACGGAUUUUGGAACUUCAGCGAGUCAAACUCAGAUGGAUGCCAAGAUACUAUUCGUAAAGAUCAUUUACUUGAUUCUGAUGUUUGUCAAAAAUAUCAUUAUAGUAUUGGUUUUUAUUAUUUGGACGGAGCAUUUUCAUGUGAAUGUGAUCCGACGGGCUCAACCAGUGCCAUUUGUGAUUCAUUGGGUGGAAAAUGUACUUGCAAAACAAAUGUAGAUGGAAGGAAAUGUAAUCGUUGUGCUCCUGGUACUUAUGGAUUCGGCCCAGAAGGGUGCAAAGCAUGUGACUGUAAUAGUGUUGGAGCUCUGGAUAAUUUGUGUGAUGUUUCAACUGGACAAUGUAAGUGUCGAACACAGACUUAUGGAAGGGAAUGUGAUCAAUGUGAACCAGGCUCAUGGAAUUAUCCAAAUUGUCAGAGGUGCAUGUGUCAUGGACACACAGACGAAUGUGACUCUCGAACUGGAAUAUGUCUUAAUUGUCAAGGUUUUACUGAAGGAACUAAUUGUGAUAGGUGUAUUGAGGGUUAUUAUGGUGACCCACGUUUGGGAAUAGACAUUCCAUGUCGACCAUGUCCAUGUCCAGGAACAGCCGAAUCUGGGCAUUCCUAUGCUCAUCGAUGUGCUUUAGAUUCAAAAACACAAGAUGUCUUCUGUGAAUGUCAAACUGGGUAUAAAGGUUCCAGGUGUAAUAUGUGUGACGAAAAUUACUAUGGAAAUCCUGAAGUUCCUGGGGGCCAAUGCCGGCCGUGUGUUUGUAAUAAUAACGUGGACAUAACCAAGACAGGAAACUGUGAUCCUCACAGUGGAAAAUGUAUGCAAUGCUUAUUCAACACUGAAGGAGACAAUUGUGAAGUGUGUAGAACGGGUUUUUAUGGCGAUGCCAUCCAUCAGACGUGCACAGAAUGCGUGUGUGACUUUUUGGGAUCACAGUCUAAAGUGUGUAAUUCUACCACCGGACAAUGCCCUUGUUUACCUAAUGUUAUUGGGUUGUCUUGUGAUGAGUGUAAACCGAAUCAUUGGAAAAUUGCUAGUGGAAAUGGAUGUGAACCAUGUAAUUGUGACCCAGUCGGAUCUGUUUCUGAACAAUGUAACCAGUUCGACGGACAAUGUAAAUGUAAACCAGGUUUCGGUGGAACUCAGUGUAACCAAUGUCAAACAAAUUAUUGGGGUGAUCCAAAUAAAGAAUGCUAUGUUCGAGUGAUGAAGAAGAUAUUGUUAUGUACUAUUGGUACAAAWGGAUGCAAACAAAAAAAGAAAAGGAAAUAUUGGGUUCAUCCUUAUAUUGAGAAAAAUAUCAACUGCCGAACUAUUGUAGCGGCCAGAGAACUACAAGAAACCGAUGCAAAAUUUUUGGCAUUUUAUAGGAUGUCUAGAGAGUCCCAUAAAUAA